ACAGAUUUGCUAUAAUGCCUCUUCUUCUUCCCCUCUCUUUUUCUCUCGCUCGCGAAAUUAUUAUAUUACCAUACAUUCGAAUCAGUUCUUAUCGCCCCUUUUGAUAACUGUUAGGUAGGUUUGAAUGCUGUCAAUAUUUACGUUCAAAUAGAAAAACUACGUCUCUUUCUUCGACCACUUCCAUCAGGCACUGUUCGACGAAAUAAUGUUCGCAUCGUCUUUAGUUAAACACGUUCUACCGUACAGAUCAGACACAAUGUCUUUGGAAUUAAGGGCUAGAGAAUUCUCCUGGAUACAAGUAUUUUAUGUAAAAAAGGAAUCCAACCACAAUUUUCAAGUGGAAUGUCAAAUUUGCGAACGUGAUAUUAAAUACGCGUCAGCUGAUAAGUUUAAGAAACACAUGUCUGUUAAGCAUCAAGAUGAACUUAAAAUGGAAUGCGAUAUGCAACAUAAGCAUGAUGUGUGGAAAUAUUUUUACUUAACAAGAGAUGGAAAAUCAAGAUGUAUUGUAUGUAAAGUUGUGAUAUCUACAGGAUGGUCGACGCAUUUCUUACAGAAUCACUUGUCGACAAAUCAUGAGAACAAAGAUCUAAAGCCCUAUAAAUCACAAAGUUGGGCUUGGAAAUACAUCGACGCCGAAGAAAGUAAUAAUUUUUUUGGAAAAUGUAAUCUUUGUGACACAAAAAUGACGUUUCCGUUGAUGCUCGAAAAUUUAAGAGAUCACCUCCGAAUACAUAAUUUUGAGAAACCCAUUAAACGAAACGUACCGAUGUUGAAAGAUAACUUUAAACAUUCGUUUUAUAUGAAAAGCUUUUAUACAACAGCUGAAGAGGAUUUUCGAGUAAAAUGUAAGCAUUGUUUAAACCAGUUUUUAUAUGUCUCCAUCGAGACGAUUGAGCAGCACAUGAGCAAGCAUAAAGAUAUUUCCGAUUAUGAAAACUAUAUGAAGACGACGGAAGAAAGAAAAAUAGGCUGGAAAGGUAUGAGGUUCAUAGAUGAUAAUGCAGGUGAAAUAGAAUGUAUGAUAUGUCAUACAAUUCUGCCAAAUAAAUUACACAUAAACGAUCAUGAGAAACUACAUUCUACGAAGCUGCUCCGUUAUCAUACUUAUUGGGGAUUUAAAUACAUGAGACAAUUAGGAGAUUUGGCUAAAUGUACGAUUUGUGAUGAAAUUGUAACACUUAUGUGGGAUGCGAGCCAUUUACAAAAUCACAUGUUUGAACAACAUGCAAAGGAAGUUGGAGAAUUAUGUCGAGCAGUUGAAUCGUCACCGUCAUGCACUGUACUUUAAAAAAAAAAUAAACAUUUAUCUGUAUAGAGUUCGACAAUUGCAAAUGAUGGUAGCCACAUUUUUAAGGAGCAUCUCGUGACCCGUAAUAACGGCAAAUUUGACUUUGACCGAAGUGAUUUCAAAUACAUGAAGACAUUGGCAUAUAAUUUGACUUAU